GUUGAACCAAGCUGUUGUGAAUAUAGAUGAGAAACACAAAGAACAAUUUCCUUUAUGGUUCAAAAGAAAAAUUAUGCAGUUAUAUACUAAAGAAAAGUCAACAUCUAUCAAGAAAUUAUAUCCUUUAGCAAUGGGACCUGGUGUGAGUGGAAGAACACAUACUGGUUGUAUUGUAAAUGGUGUUAGGUAUCAUAUUCAACGACACGAUGAAUAACGUAAAAGUCAAAAUUGUGGUAUAGUUGUUGUAGGCUAUCAUGAAAAUGAGGUGAUUGACUUUUAUGGUAUUAUAAUUGACAUCCUUCAGUUAGAGUAUGUUGAGGAAAAUCGAUUUCUCUUAUUCAAAUGCAAGUGGUUUGAUCUCCGCAAGAAAACAGGGAUGCAAAAAGAUAAAAAUUUUACGAGCAUUUGUGUUAAAAGAUUUUGGUAUGAACGUGAUUCUUUUGUACUAGCUACUCAAGCAAAGCAAGUAUUUUACAUUGAUGACCCAAAAUUGGGAGAGAAUUGGCUAAUUGUGCUCAAAUUUCAAGAUAGACACUUAUAUGAUGUGCCUGAGAAAGAAACUUUGGAGAGUGAAAGUGAUGUGUUACAUAUUACAAAUGAGGAAGUGUAUCAAGACAUGUUAUUGGAAAGUAAUUCAAUUGUCUGUGAUACAGUGGAUAUGUUGAGUCAACUACAUAGAGAUGAUGUUGAUUCAGUUAUCUUGGAUGCAAAUGUAAUUGAAUUAGAGGCUCAAAAAGAACAUGAUGUUCAUUAUAAUGAAGAAAAUUCUGACCAGGAGGGUGAAACUAUGAUAGAGUACAUCAGUGAUCAUGAGGAGAAUAGAGGUAAUACUGGUACUGAUGACAAUGAAGCUGAUACAACAAGUGAUGGUGAUGAUAUUGGCUUGUGAAACCUCAUAAUAGUAAGGCAAUUACAUGUUAAUAGCUCUUCUGCAUUAUGUAUAUCAUAUUUGAAAACUGUCAAAGUAGCGGUCUUAUCACUACAAUGAAAUGAAAAUCACUUUUAGUGAAAAUUAUUUGUCGGUACUUAAAGGUAAUAGACAGUAAAGGUCAAGUAGCUUAUCAAGUACUUAAAAUUUAUUAUUUUUAUCUUUCCUUCAUAAUUUAUUUCGCUCCCUACUUUUA